UAUAAAGAAUCGGUACCAUUAAGAUACAUUGAAAUGCUCUCGAGGAUGAACUUGAACCUUCGACCAUAAAAUAAAAUAAUAAAAACAUUAUGAAGUGUAUCAUUAAAUAUAAUGUAUUAUAUACAUUAUAAUGUCGUAGCAAUCGAUGGUUUUAAGCUUUCUUUUUAUGCAAUAAAAGCAUAAAAUGUCUCCAUGCAGUGUCUCCAACUCACUUCUUCUCAAGUUCUUUCCACCAAGACUCCACAAGUGUACAAAACACCCCCGUUCAACAGAGCACACAUACGGCUUGAAUCACACAUGUCAGGGUAUAACACACUUCUCAGACUUGACAGAAUACAUAACAAUACGUCAAUAUGCAUUAUUUAAAUGUUGUAAUAUAUCGAAUCAAUAUAUUAUUCUGUAUAUUUCAGAGGUAAAUUAAAUGAAUGCAUCGAUUGCAAUGCUUCCAAAGUAUAGAAAUGACCACUUUCCCAAUCAAUCCUCUCUCUCUCUCUGUGUGAAUACAGUCAAAGAAGUCAUUGCAAGUGCUGUUUCAUGCACACUUCAAGGUCAAAUGCCCUUUUGUAGCUAAUGGUUAAGUACAAUCAACAGAUGGUUUCCAUGGUGACUAACAGUGAAUGGAGAUUAAAAACCUUUUGACAGCUGAUAGGUGUAAAAACUCUCUUGAGAAGUGUGAUAAAAAUCCAAAGGAUUUGUACCAAAGGUUGGCAGACAGAUGGGAGAUAUCACACAUCUCAUACCAGUGCGUUUCCCGUCACCCAAUAGUCCCUUUCUCACCACAUUCAGGAUGUAGAGACUUAUUAAAUGUGCACACAAAGAAUGAGGAAACUCUAAAUAAUUGCGUGUUGAAUGCAGGUCGUCUGGACGAGAAUGUGGUUUCUAGAGAAAAAGUUUCGAGAGAAAACAGGCCCGACCGCUUCAGUAUAUGUGCUGAUUUGAGCUGAGGUGGACCCCAUGUGCCCUGUUCGUUUGCUCUAGCACCGAAUAGUUUUUUGCAGCAAACACGAUAUGGGUUUUGUACACGAUACAAAAGAAAAAGCAUGUUUAGGCAGGUCUGCUGAGCACAGGCGGAACACGAAUGCACUUCCUGAAUAGCGAAUAAGAACUUAAUCUUGUGAGAAAACACUAACAUGUUUCCACAUAAAGCUUACCAAAAAUGCUUCACAGAUACUUCCGGCUGUUCACUCAAAUGGCAUCAAUAUUCAUUGAUCCUUCCGCUUUUCGAAGCCAGUGAAAGAUAAACGCUGAAUAGUGCAUUCCCAAAGGUUUGUACGCUUCUGAUCCGUCCCAGUAAUUAGCUCGAGAGCUCAAAUGCAUCCCAAGAUUUUAUUUUGCUAAAUCAUAAAGAGUUACACUUGCUUAAACAGGACUGUGCUGGUAGUAUUGCAUUGAUGGUAUAGGCCAUAUAGCCUGUGGUAUACGUUUACCUGUAAAAGCUAUGUUUGUGAACACUAGAGGUCAGCAGUGAGUCGUGUGUGGUAUGGAUCCCAGAGAGCAAGAUUUGAGCUCAUUAGCAGCACCUUUUACACAGUUUUUAGUUUUAAGUCAAACUUGUAUCACAGUACAGUUUCAGUAAAUAAAACUACAAACCCAUUAAAACGUCUUUAAAAGCCAUCAAACGACUUGAUUAUACAAUAAGGCAAAUUCUCAGUUGUUUGUAAAUGAGUUAAAUGCGGCCUGUGACUCUUUAAUCAAACUUUUCGCAUCUUGAAGCAAAUCAGCGGCACGUCUUUUGAGUAACGUUUGGUCUGUUUUUGCGUCGUGACCCCGUGAGCGUGCUCCUUGAACCGCUCGAGCAGGCCAUUGAAAAGACGCAUUGUUUCUUAAGGUUGGACACUGAGUCUGUCUUCGGCUGUGUUCGUCGUGUAGGAGACUGAGAGAGCAGUCUGUGACGUUACACCGAAGCACAGCACAUCACUGCUGCCUACAGACAUGGGUUGUUAUGAAUGCUGUAUGCGCUGUCUGGGAGGAGUGCCGUACGUCUCCCUGGUGGCCACUCUGCUGUGUUUCUCCGGCAUCGCUCUGUUCUGCGGCUGUGGACAUCAGGCCCUGACAGAGAGUGAAAGACUUAUCGAGACUUACUUCACCCGUGACCAUCAGGACUACAUCACCCUAGCGUACCUUAUUGAGUAUUUUCAGUACAUCAUCUAUGGUCUGGCCUCCUUCUUCUUCCUGUACUGUAUAGUCCUGCUGGCUGAAGGCUUUUACACCACCAGUGCGGUCCGGCAGUCAUUCGGAGAAUUUCGUAGUACAGUUUGUGGACGCUGUCUCAGCACAACGUUCAUCGUGAUCACGUAUUUUCUGGUUGUGGUCUGGUUGCUUGUAUUCUCCUUAUCUGCGCUUCCCGUCUACUUCUUCUACAACAUGGCAAACACCUGUCACACUAUCAACAUCCUCUCUGAAACGCCCUCCAGCAUCAACCAGCUGUGCAUUGAUGCCAGACAGUACGGUUUACUUCCCUGGAACGCAGUACCAGGAAAGGCUUGUGGGAUGACCCUGUCUAACAUCUGCAAGACAAGAGAGUUUAUCCUGACCUACGAUCUCUACAUCGCUGCCUUCGCCGGAGCGGGGAUGACGGUCUUGGCUCUGCUCACAUACACCGUGUCCACCACCUUUAACUUUGCGGUUCUGCGGUAUCUGGGAAGGAAAGGCAUCAGUCCACGCUGUUAAUGGCUGUUCUGUCCCGCUGUCCUUCUACGGCCAAUAACAGCACCAUAUUGGAGCACUUUAGAAAUUCUCAUCCUCUUCUUUUCCACAAUUUCCUGACUUUUGAGAUUUAUUUUGGACGUAUAGGUUUACAUAUUCAGAAUUUUUGUUCCAAACUGUCUUUCAUCAUAUUUUUAUUUUUUUUUUACCUACAUGCCACUCGCGACCACUAGAGGAAAUAUUCUGCCUUCAAGUCUUCUGGGAUGUUAUAAUUGUGCUAAUGUAACAAAACACUGGGUGUGUAGAAGAUUUUUUUUAUAUAAUUUAUCUUGUAGUUUGGUCACAAUAGCCUGUUGACACCUAAAAGUGUUGCGUUUUCAAGACAGCUUACUUCCUACAUGGUAAAAAAAUUAUUUUCUUACUUAGUACUUUUGUUUUGUUUUCCAUAACAAUAUGUAAACAUUCUUAAAUCAAAAUAUAAUUCCUCAAGAAGCAAAAUGACUUAAAGGGAUGGUUCACCCAGAAAUGAAAAUGUGUGUCAUUAAUUACUCGCCUUCAUGUCGAUCCAAAGAUGCACGACCUUCGUUCAUCUUCAGAACGAUAUAUGAAUUUAUAACAACGUAUUUAUUCAGCUUUUCUACUCCUCAAAAUCUAAAUCUUCCAUCAUUAUCAAGAGCAGCUCUGCAUGUAAACAAUGCAAAUGAAUGCGUGGCGAUACUACUCUACAUAAUGGCAGAAGACAGAAGAGAAGAAUUGCUGAAUUAAGUUAUUUUUGCUUUCUUUGCACGCACAUGGUAUUCUUGCAGCUUUGUAAAAUUACAGUUGAGCCACUGAUAUAACAUGGAUUUUUUUUUGUCACAAUGUCCUUGCUACGUUUGUGGGUCUGGGAACAUUUCAGUUACAUUGCUGUCUAUGCAGAAGCAGAAAUCUCUCAGAUUUCAUCAAAAAUAUCUACAUUUAUGUUUUGAAGAUCAUGAGGGUGAAUAAUUAACGACAUUCUGGAUGAACUAUCCCUUUAAGGGAACACUCCGCAUUUUUGCUAAUAGGUUCGUUAACUGCACCAGAGUUAGUUAGCUGAGUUUUACCAUUUUUGAAUCGUAUUUCCAAAAAAAGUGGAGUGUUCCUUUAAGAUAUUAACCUGUUUUCUGAAAGAAUAAAUUAUAAAUUUUGUUAGUUCAUGCUUAAAACUAUUUUUCUGAAAAACUGCCAAUGGGCACGAAAAAUGUUCCCCAUCGAUUGUGAUUCUUUUUCAUACCCAAGUGGCAUUAUAUUUUUAUUUUAUUGUUUUAAUCAAAAACUAACAGUACUUUGACUUUUUUUUCUUUUCUUUUUAAAUAGACAUAUCAAGAAUGUUCCUUUCAUCUUGAUUCGAGAAUGUUUAGAUAUCUGUACUAUGUCUAUUCCUCCGCACACAAACUGUACGGUUAACGUUCACAAUGAAAAUUGAAAUUAUAACCAAUAGCAAGCUUCUUC